AAACGCACAGUUCGUCAAAAUGGUGACAAAGUUUCUUCUACUGAUGCCUUUUUUGGCCAUUGUGAGGGGUGAAGUAGGUCCAAUCGUUGCACGUAGAGCUUCAUAUGCCCCAGCUGGUUGGCAUCCGCGGGUUCCGUUUAAUUUACCCACUGAGUAUGAGCCUCCAGUUCGCCAGGCUGUUGAAAUCACCAAGGCACGAGUGGACCAAAUCAAUCCGGUCGAUAAACCUCAAUCGAACUAUCUGCCCCCGCAACAAGUGGAUAUUCCCGAUGGAGAAACUCUGCCCAUCUCCCGUCCAUCCAACCAGUACGGCCCACCUGAUCCGAAAUUCAAAAUCAUCUAUCCCGACGAGGAAGAGCCCGCUACUCCAAAGGAUUCAGCAGGCAACCAGCAACCGAAAAUCAGAGAAGGACGUUACUUUGUCAUUUCAGAGGAUAAUAAACUGCAGAGGGUUACUUUCAGCUCUCAGCAAAAUGACAAUGAUGAGGACUUUACGGCCCAGUUGAGUUAUUCAACUGUGGGACAGCUCAAGGAUCCUGUUUAUCGGUACAACAACCAAGGACAAUUGAUGAGGAUCUUGAAGUAG